GCCUCAUCUCACGUCAGUCAUCUCCGUGUUGCAAUUUCUCUGGUUCCGUGAUCCUUGCCUUCCUUCUGAGCUUAUGAAUUGCUGCUCAUGUGAGUUCAUCCUUGUUUACCAUCCUUGUUCCGUCCUUAGCAGAGUAUGUCGCCGAAAAAGCUUCGGGGUUAGCCGUUGAGAUCACAAGUCUAGUGGCGUGUGAGAGAGUGCACGUAUAGUUUUCCAAACAUCGCCUCAAGUGAGGGUUUCACAAGGCAAAAUACUUGCCUCACCCGCAGAAAGUUUCCUGUCGAAGGUCUUCCUGUUCGGAGAGCACACGCGGACUUGCUUCAAUUAUGUAUUCCACUCACUUUCUGUCGGCUCUUUGCCUGACCGCUACAACUACCGCCUAUGUCAUUGAUACAACAUCUUGCAAUCUUGUCGCCCAAGCAUUUCUCGCCGAGAAGCUCACCUGUGCCUUUGAUAUGGCCACGAAUGUUGUCACCGAGCUCCGUGGGCCGAUUAGACAAGAAGUUCAGACUUUGAUGGACCACCUGUGGGCUCCAACCGCUGAUCCAUCCUUUUAUCCUACACCUCAAGAAGCAAUCUUAUGUCGCUUCGGUGGAACUUGUCCGAGAAACAAGGCGCGCGUAGACUACUUCCAGUACAGAGCUGAUGGUAGCAAUUUUCAGUUUCCUCGAGGUAUUUCGAGCAUGGCGGAUUCGGCGGCAGACCUUCGUGGACCCUCAGGUGCGACCAGAGCUGUUGCAGGCGACGUGGUCUUUUACUGCUCGUCGGAAAGAUACAGGGACAUCACAGAUCAGGACGGCAAUGCUCGUAUCAAAGACACGAGUAUUGUCGAGUUCGUGGACGAUGAUGAAGAGGAUCCAAGAAAAAUCUGUAUCGGCGCUCUGGCUUACACGUGGGUCAGCGAUGAUGCAACCAAACCAUCCCAGAUUACACUUUGUCCAUGGUUCCUGUCUUACGUUCAAGGACUGAAGUUUCCGAACUGCGGAACAUGGCGGCAGAAGCUGGUGGGGUUACUAGGUCGUCCCAUUGCGCAGAUUUCCGCCAAGGUCUGGCCAUUCACACCCAUAGACUUGCUCUCACUCUUCGAUAAAGUUGUAGUACACGAGCUCACUCAUACGAGACAUGGAGGCAAAACAUUUGACUCCCCGGUCGAUGUCAACGCUGGCUCAGGAGUGGCAUUUAGUAACGUCGCAUAUGGAUGGAAAAACUGUAGGAAGAUCUCAACGAAUUUACCCGACAACGGUGGCCCGAACAACGGAAAGCCAAUGAACAACGCUGAUUCCUAUGGACUCUUCGCUUCGGGUGUUCGUGUGAUCGGAGCCGGAGGAUCUAUCGACGAAAAUGGCAAAGUCACAGGAGCUUCGAGUUCUUCAAAGGCAAAACGUGCUCUGACCGCUGUGGAGAAGGAGGAGUUGGGGUCUCUCGCUGCAUUUUUUGACGAAGAAAGCAGCGAUGGCGGAAAAGAGGCAGAUAUGGCGAUGUGGGGACCGGUCUUCAACUCAACUUUCUUUCCUGAAGGUACGAGCUUAUCGGAGGAGCAGAAGGGAAUGGUUGUGAAGGCACUGAUGGGUAAUAUGCCCGGAGAAGCGGCCCAUGACCAUUAGUGUGUAUCGAAUCGUGUCUAGAUAGUGUCUAUAUAUGACAUAUCUAGUACUCCUAGCCUUUAGCGCAUUGUUUG